AAAAUGGCUCCGAAAAAGAAGAAACAAAGCAAAGAGCCGGGAGGCUCUGAGAAAGAAAAAGACAUGGAAAAGAGAGCAGAAAGAGAAGCGCAGUUACAGACACAGUUAGAUUCUCUGACCGAAACACGCAAUAAUCUAAGGAGGACGGUACAACAACUACGAAGUGAUAAUGUGCUACUUCGAAUUGAAGUCGACCAGAUACGCAUGGAGACUGAAGAGUUCAAAACAUAUAUGUCAAAGCUAAUGCAGAAGCGCCACAAUAAGAGUGUUGCUCUGAGUGAUCUGAGGCAGCAGAAGCUGGAUGAGCUCAAUAAAAGGAGAGAGGAGAUGGUGGAGAAACAUAACGAGCAGGUCAAUGCCCUGAAGAAGAAGAUUUUGGAGAAGGAGAAUGAGUUGGGUCAGCUGAAACUUGAAUCAGCUGAGCUUGGAGAUAUUAAAGUAGCUAUGAAAUCCCUUUUGUGUGACAUUUAAAAGUUACUUUUAAAAAACUGUG